ACUUGGACAAGACUCCGACCCUGAUCGGCUUUGGGAAUUUCACAAAAUAGCCACGAAUUUUAGGCAGGAUGAUAAUUUCACUUGCGGAUUGGUGACCUUAGGCAUUACUUUUGGUGUCGAGGUGGACAACAGGCCGAUUGUCAAGCGAGGAAUAUUUUUUAUCUUUUUCUAUCCAAGUGCCGCCUGAAAUCAUUCAAAAUUCAGCCGCGAAAGCGUAAAUACCACCACACCAGUCUGUUAAAAGUCUCGUCAAGUCGUUUGUUACGACAACGAGGGGGGUCCAGCCCGAACAAACGGUGGCGUGGAACUGUGUCAAGGUCAUUUGAGCAAAUGAACAUGGGUCAGAAGGUGUCGGGUGGAGUAAAGGCGGCCGAAAGGCAGCCUUCCUACAAACCCCUAAAUAAGGAGAACGUAUAUCACCCAGACUUCCAGAAGCCGAGCCGUUUGGACAUGCUCUUAGAUAUGCCGUACGCACCAAAGGAAGUGCAGAAUGAACAUGCGUGGAACGCCGAGGAUCGAUCGUUGAAUAUAUUUGUGAAAGAGGAUGAUAAGUUAACUUUUCAUAGGCAUCCCGUUGCCCAAAGUACUGAUUGUAUUCGUGGACGUAAUGGCUACACGAAAGGAUUACAUGUGUGGGAGGUAUAUUGGAGCACACGACAACGUGGGACACACGCAGUUGUUGGUGUCGCCACUAGUGAGGCGCCGCUGCACUGCGUCGGAUAUCAAUCUCUAGUCGGAAGUAAUGCUGAGUCAUGGGGCUGGGAUUUGGGGCGCAAUAAACUCUACCAUGACUGUAAAAACAACCCAGGAAUUACAUAUCCGAGUAUAUUGAACUCUGAUGAGAAUUUCGUUGUGCCGGACACGUUUUAUGUGGUACUAGAUAUGGACGAGGGGACAUUGAGCUUCAUUGUUGAUGGACAGUAUCUAGGGGUGGCCUUCCGAGGACUAAAGGGCAAGAAGUUGCAUCCCAUCGUUAGUGCUGUGUGGGGCCAUUGUGAAAUCACGAUGAGAUACAUUGGAGGCCUUGAUCCUGAACCCUUGCCACUUACUGACCUAUGCCGACGCGUCAUCCGACAGACGAUCGGCAAGAAUCGCUUAGAGGAAAUCAACAAGUUACCAUUGCCGACAGCGCUCAAAGACUUCUUACUCUAUAAGAACCACUAUCAGAAUCAUGCCUUGUUGAAAUCCAACAAUAAUGACGGAGAAAAGAUCGUACGGUGAUCAAUGUUCUUCGCUAGAGAACUGUCUAGUCAAAUGGUUAGGUUGUGAGGGUACCCUCUUGCUGCUGUUUUUGUACCUUCAAGUUCCUUACAAAAGAUGGCAACAAAUGCAUUUAAUGCUGCCAUUGGCGAUUGCUGACAGACAAAGUUUGGGUGGGCGUUCUUGUUAAGGAAUUACUUCCAUGGCUUAUCUGCGUUUUCCAAAGAAUGGUGUGAAGUGCCCGUCGUCGAGGCCCUUCGCGUCCAUGGCACAUUACAGCCUCUGACUGCUCACCAGGCCAGUUAUGGGUUUCUUCCGUAUUUUACCGUGGAAACUAUCAUCAUCCUGAGGUUAUUGGACAGGUGCAGUGCAUGAGGAGAGACUGACAUGAGGUAUGUGAUCGUGUGACAAGUGGGUGAGCAGAAAUGGACGAGGGUUGACAAUAACGGGUGACCGACGUACACUAGGUGCUCUGGCAUGAAAAAUAAAACGAGUUCCUGUUAAAGUCAUCCAAAAAAUCUUGUUUGUGUGAUGUCGUAGAAAGAUCCAGCGCAUAAAAGGCAGAGAGAUAGUUCAUGCAGUCAUUUCCUAAGUCAUUGUGUACGGUAACUGUACAUUGCUGAUAAAGUUACCUCAAGUAUUAACAGCUUGCAUUUCAAGAUUGACCAGUAGGGAAUUUGAGGAGUAGGUUUUGAGGUAUUGCUGAAGUUUUGAACCCUGAAUUAUUAUUUUGCGUUCACUGUUCUUGUCAUGAAAGGUCUGAUGAAGAAAAAGGUAAACUUGUUGGAAAUCUAUUAGCUGUAGCAGAACAAUCCUUCUUGCCAAAAUCCCCUUUGAUUACCACCCUAACUAUUAGGUGUGCCAUUGAAGUAAACUGCUGUUGAAUGCUAAAAUGCAUUUUGGUUUUGAAACAUACGUGUGUAAGUAAAAUGAUCGUCCAAGUUUGUGCAAGAGGAAACUGACAGACAAGAAAGGUAUGUUUGUUACCUCAACAGCUCGUGGUGACCUGCGAUAACUGUUACAAACCAUUCGGGUACAACAAGUUAUUGCCAUGAGCUCAUGGAAUUACAAUUAACUUCACCUCAAGUUGCAAUAAGAGUAGGUCACAUGCACUUUGCUGUGACCUUCGCUGACCUUGACUUGGGAGAAAGUAUCCAAAUGAUCUCAAAACAAUGCAAGAGUACAUUUUGUCAAUAACUUAUUCGAUUGCAUGUAUUUUCUAUGAGAUCUCCAUCUUUAUUGCUCAGUCCACCUAUAGAGCCUAUCUGCUGUACAUUUGAACAAUUGAACGAUUGCACUUGAAAUGUACAUAAUAUGUUUUUGCUCGACUGGAGUAUGUAUACAAUUCAUGUAUGUAAUUGAAUAUGCUAUCAACUGCAACAACCCAAAGAGCAUGACAGUAAUGUCACUUUCACCAACUAGACAAUGCUGCCCGAAACAAGAGAGGCUGUACACUGUUUUUUGUUCUGUUUGAUUCUGAUGAAUGGUCAGUGAUUGGAUCAAGAAUUUGAACAUUGCAGAAUCCGAUAUGUUGCAUUUUUGCAUCACGGCCUUGUUCUGGUUGUGUUGGUGAGAGGGGAAUUAUCUGAGAGUCUCUUUUCACCUCUAUACAUAAGCAUACUGUCUCUUUCUUUGUAACGCACCUUUUUCCUAAAUGAAAAUGACACAAUCGGCUCACAUCGCAUAUCCAGCAAUCAGGUCACAAUAAAUCUUGUGAGAAGUGAUUGGUUUUGUGUCGAGCAGAUUCAAGUGGUCAUAACCUCAUUUUAACCUUGCCAUUUGUCUAACACCAGAUGCCUGUGAGUGGUGCAUCAUGGUGCCUGUGUUCAGGCACAGCAUUUUAUACUGCCAGAUUAGUGUCAUAAUCGCAAUCUUUCAUUUCAUUUUAAAUUGGUCGUGGAGUUAUUUUUUAUUCAUAUUUGUACAUUAGAUUUGAGGUGAUUUUAAACAAUGGACUAAUGAUUCUUUUAUAUUGUGUGUGAACUUUCAAAGAAAGUUUUGAGACUAAUUAGUGUUGUUUUUUCAGUAUGUUGCAGGAUAAGUUUUUAACAUCGAAACUGAUGUAGGUAAUAAUAGAAUAAGAUGGUAUAAAUGUAUAAAUACAAGUGCAUUGUAAUAUUCUUGGUUUUAAAAUGAUUUCAGCUGAUGAUUAAUUUCUUUUGGAUUUCUUUGAGAAAUGAAAUAAUGGUUUGAAAACUAUCUUAUUUUGACAGAUUUGCUAAUGGCUGUAUUUCAAGCCAGGUUUUAAAUGUUGGAGUUUAAUUUGGACGAAAUCAUGAAUUGCUAUGAAACAAAUGAAUUGAAGAUAACCAUUUUUAUUGUAAUUUUAAUGAAAUGUUGCCUACUAUAAUAUUGAAUCAUUUCAGGAUUUGAAAAUUAAUUUAUAAAAAUCUGAAUUGACUUUUCAGUAGUCGCUGUGUUCGAGUGCUGUGCAUUCUGGACCUCAUAAUUAUUGUCAUGCAUGUAAUGUAUUUAAUCUUGGGGAGUGUGUUUUGUUCUAUUUAUUGUUUUAAUUUCAUUUUGGGCAAAUAUGCUCCUUUUAAUUUGUCUUUCAGUCAUCGUCGUGGGUUUUGUUGAUGAUUCAUCAGGUCAAAAUCUGCAUUGGGUGAGAUUUAGUUCCAGUGUGACAGAAGUUGAAUUCAAGUUGUAGUACGCGUCUCUAGUGUAAUAGUGGAAUUCUUUCCUUGGGUUUUGCUGGUUUAUCAUUUGGCCAUCGGGGCUGAUAUCCACACUAAAUUGACGUACCUGGUUAUACAACAUGCCACAUUUUCCGUCUCCUGACGUCAUGAUGCUCCUCAAAUAUUCAAACUUCGAGCUCAUGUUGGAAUCUUUCCACACCCAGUGUUCACAAUAAUGCCAUUGCAUUUUAGCUCCACGAAGCUGCUUUCAGCUCUCUCUAAUACAAAUCAAUGAGGCCCUGUUUCUUAACAGUUUCUUAUGUAGCAGCAGAGGUAGUUUCUACGUCUUGUCGCUGACCAAGUGUACACAAAGAGUGAAGUACGUUUGCAUGUUCCUAUUCACUACAAAGGAAGAGUAAUGAUUUUUAGGAGAAGUUUCUUUAUAAAUUGUCAUUUCCACAAUGGGUUUAGAUAAGUGCUGUGUAGUCGCUAUGCUCCAUUGUAAUAUUUUGCAUGAUCUUUUUAAGAAAUCAGUGUGGAAGAUAUUUGAAGCUACUUAUUUCAAACUUUCAGGAUCCAGAUAUUCAGGGACAUUUUCUGACAUUUUUGAUAGAUUAUCGAGUUCAAGUCCGUUAGUUCGGGUCCAGAAUUCGAGAACAUCGUGAUUGCAUUGAACCACUGCUCACAGUGUCUGCUGUGCCUUGUUUUGACGACAGCGGUUGUGGCCAGGUGAUCAUAACUGCUCGAGUUGGUACAAAAUAUGGACGCAGUCAAAAAGCUAACGAAAUCACACUUCUUCGUGUAGUUUGAGGUGUUUACGAACAGAAAUUGAUACUUCACUGUCUGUAUUGAUACGUCACUGCUUGAGAAGUGAUUGGGGAAACAACCAAUACCUCCAGUUUGGUAUAAUCAAGAACUGUUUCAAACAUUUCAUUGCCGGGCUGAGGCUAUGUAAUCAUGUUGUAGGCUCAUCACUACUUCAAAAUGUAAUAAAAUGUCCUUUAGCUAGUCAAGUUUUAGUGUCUCAGUUGCAUCUGACCAUCCAGCUUUUUAUGUGAACCUAGGUUUUCUAUUCAUCGCUUGUACAUAUAGAAUAUUUAUAAUCGAUGUCGACUAUGUUAGUGUUGUCAAUAGGUCGCCACACGUUCUGCAUUGCGCCACCUGGCAAACUUAAACAAAAGCAUUUUAUCAUGAUUGGUAUUGUACAUUGUACGCAGUGUAUGGUUGUUGUACUAUAGUGUAAUUAAUAGUAGUUGUCUUGGGGUGUGGGAUGUGAUUUGGGAAAAUUUCGGACCCCGAUCGGUUGUCCAAUCAUUGUGCAUUUCAUUACUUCAUUUGUAAAUAUACCAAUCGUCUAGGUCAUUUUAAAUUUGGUCGAUGUGAGACUGCCAUGUGAUCUGCAUUGUAUUCUGUUUGAAAACUGUAACUGUAAAUUGCAAAAUUUGGAGUUUUGAAGGGUCAUCUAAGAUGACAUUUAGCAUUAAAUAGUCUUUCACCGUAAUCUAUACAAUUGGAUCGCAUAAUUGAAAUUUGCAGGGGAUUCCAGCGAACGUCCAUGUACAUAAAUGACCUACAGUUGUCUUGGACCAAUAAGAUACUUCUGAAAGUAUUGAUUCAAUAGAUAAAUAGAGAACUUUGUAUGUUUCAUGGCGUGUUUCACCGACUCUUUCAUUUCUCCAUCAUUGUUCUUUAAAAGAACUGCAUCAUGGGUAUUGCUACAAACCAGCUGGGGCGACCAUCUUUUUGGGAAAUCAAUCACUGAAUCUCUUUCAUUUCAUCAUAACAGAAAUUCCAGUUCGCAUUUAAUAAUCAUGUGGGCGUCAUUUUUUUGUUGAAUUCUGUAAUCAAAAGUUUGCGUUAUUAUGAAGUAUGAUGUUUGUCAAGAGUUCCCUGAAAUCAAGAUGAAGGUAAAUACUGUUCUGUUGCACUAAAAUAAUGGAAAAGAUUUUAUUUGUGCAUUUUAUCAUAAUCUGUCUUAAAACAUCUUUCAACACAGUAGCAGAUUCAACUUCAGGUGAGUUUAACCUUACAGCAGUCAAUGUAAAUUACACAGAAGUUCACUUUCCUUAUAGUCAAUAAGAAAGGUAUUUGUCAAAAGACAUUUGUUUGUUUGUCAAAUAUUGUCAUUGUCCGCAGACACUGGCCAGUCGUUUGUUGCAUUUAAAGUAAGUUGGUGCCCCCUGGUGGCCAAUGCAGGCAAUUACAGCGACCUUUUCUUCCAAUCUUAUUUAUUAUGAUGUUGUCAGUUGAAUCCAUAAGUAGUGUGUAUAACGUUAGAGCUAAUAUCAACACUUUGAAGCAGAAGUUCUCCCCUUUCCUUGGCCGGAAAUAAGUAUCAAUUUUGUCUUAUCAUUGGCGAAUUGGAGAAUUUCUUCUUGACAGUGAAAGAGUGACAUAGUGCUUUAUUUGCUGAGAAAAUGUGAAGUAAUAUAUUAUACGUGUAAUUUAUCUCUAUGUAAUCACCAUCCUAUUAAAUUAUUGGUAUAAAAAUUGA